GACACAUCCAAAUAUCUCCACCCGGCCGAGGAAUCGAACCCCGGUCCUCUGGCUUGUGAAGCCAGCGCUCUAACCACUGUGUGUGUUUGUCUGUGUGUGUGUAUGUGUGAAUGUGUGUGCGCCUGACCAAACGUUAAUGGCCAGAUUACUGACUGGCUUAGCUGUAAAGAUUUUUGUUAUUUUCUCUCACGCGGCACGCCACUAUACAUCAAUUCACUCGUGGCUCGUUUCAUCCUUUAUAUAUUUUCUCACACCAUAUAUUCUGCGGAAGGAAAGUACAAGGGAAUCACGUACAGUUUUCUUAAGGCAGAAGCUGGCUUUUUUAUUACGUUUGAUAUUUUUCCACGUCUGCAGUACACACAUCUCAUCCUUGUUUUCUUAAGGCAAGAGAGGCGUAAGAUAUGAUGAGUGUUUAUACGAUGAGUAAAAUAAAAUGUGACACCCGUUUCUCUCACAUAACACGAACCAAGAUAAGUACUGUGCCGUGAAUGUCAAGGCACGGAUCAUCGUCAGCAUCAGAAAGGUAAGCAACAUAGCAAGACAGAGAAAUGCUGCUGUGCCAUGGAGUGACUGUGGUAAUGAGGUAGAGAGGCUAUGACAGAGAGAGACGGGAAGAUAGCGUGACAUGGAUUGAAUGAAUGAAUGAAUUGAGACACAAAAAUGAGCAAAAAUAUGAUCAAAGGUACAGCCAAGAAACCUUUUUUCUGUAAUGAAUCACCGCACUCACCCAGGCAGGAAUAAAAGAUCAUUCCUCUCGUGAUUCUACCCAAUUACCCAAUCAAUAGUCUCCCGGUAGCCGUCCAUAUAUACCCCCUUUGCCCAGAACAAUUCUCCCGCCCCAUACACCCGCUCGUCAUGUCGCCGCUGCCUCCUUCCCUGCAACCCCUGCUAGAGCUGCUGGCGCUGCUGGCGCUGCUGGGAGCCACUCCGCCAGCCACUGCCGAGAUGAGCCAGGCGGUGUGGCAUCGGGCGCUGGUCUCGCAGGCUCAGCUCGAUGCCGCCGCCACGUCUGAAAGCUUCCAGGUGUCUGAUGAGAUCCUCUGCGCUGCCCUGGCCAACAACGCCCCCUGGUGUCACCUGCUGACCUACGAGGGCACCACCUGUGUCCUGUACGACGUGGUGGUGGACAGUGUGGACGCCGCCGCCCCCGACGCCACCAUUCCAUGCAGGACCCGCCACCGCAACGUGUGCAUCGUGGAGGGCGCGCCGCUGCCUCAUGGGGCCAAGCUGGUGCAUGACUGUUUUCCCUCCCUCUGCUGGAAUCGUGCCAUCAUUCCUAACCACGAUGACGCAGUGUCAUCAACCUGUGAUGGGCCGUUCUCGCAAACCAGCUCUGGAUGUAUAUACCUGUACAAGCAGCCAACAGACUGGUGUAAGGCGCGCGAGUACUGUCUCAGCCUCCAGUCAGACCUCGCUAUCGUCUCGUCUGAAGGCUUCGCAGCACUGCAGGAAUAUUUCGCCGCCGAGACCCCUGCCGAAGGUGUGUGGGUGGGGGUGAAGAGGAGAAAGUGGCUGGAUGGUCGUGCAGUGGCUCAGGAAGAGUGGCACUCUUCUGAACCAAACGGGAAUGUUGAAUCCUGUGCCAGGAUGUUUACGCAUAACGUGCAAAAGGGAGACAAGUAUCAAUUAUACGACAGAACAUGCAGUGUCGACUCAUACUUCUCCCUGUGCAUGAGGCAAUGAGGCAACUGCUCCUGUGACCGCCGGCAAUCACCAAGAAAUGAGUAGGAAAGGUGGAUAUUGCUCCUCUUGAUCCGAAUGCACCGGCGCUGCAUUCUGAAACACACUUCAUCUGUUUCUACUCCUUUUCGAAGCCUCAAGUGGAUGAUACUCGAGUUUUCAAAGGAUGUUUCCAUGAUUCAUCCGAAAGUUUAACAAGUACUCUGUAUCGUGGGAGCUUUUGCGGAAAGUUCUCGUGAUUCAGUGAUAGUUUAAGGAGUAAUGUCUAGUAUCGUAAUGGUUUUCACACGUGUUUUCAUAAUAGCAAGUGAUAACUGAACAAGAUUAACGGGUUGCGUACCAUUGAAAUUUUCAAAUGUGUUUUUCAUAAUUCUACAAAUGUAUUUAAAGUUUUCAUAGACCUAAGUACUCUAUAUAUUUUUUUGGCGUUUUCAAGAGUUUUUUCAUGAUCUUGUGACAACUGAGCAAGGAUUCUGCAUCAUCAAUGGAGGGAGCACCCAUGGGAACAGAACCGAUUAUUUCUGUGGCCUUCGAAAAUUGUUACGAGAGACAGCAACGUUUUAAACUCCAGGCAAGGAGGAUUGAUGUCAGCACGGCGUGAGCACACAAGGAAGAGAGGAAAAGAAAACACACACAGGUGGUCUAUUUUGUGAGCCAAUGUAACCGUGAUGUUGUGACGCCAUAAAACUAUACACCAAA